AUGUCUGGAAACUGCUGUUCUAGGAAAUGCCCCUCCGUGCCAGCCAUCUCUCUCUGCUCCUCGGAGGUGAGCUGCAGAGGGCCCAUCUGCUUGCCCAGCUCCUGCCAGAGCCAGACGUGGCAACUGGUGCCCUGUCAAGAUGGCUGUGGGGCAUCCAGCUGUGGCCCACAAUGCUGUCAGCCCUGCUGUUCCGUGAGCCGCUGUGCCCAACCCGUGUGCUGCGAGGCUCCCACGUGUGAUCCCUGUUGUUCCGUGAGCAGCUGUGCCCAACCCGUGUGCUGCGAGGCUACCAUGUGUGAUCCUUCCUGUUCCGUGAGCAGCUGUGCCCAACCCGUGUGCUGCGAGGCUACCACGUGUGACCCCUGUUGUUCCGUGAGCAGCUGUGCCCAACCCGUGUGCUGUGAGGCUCCCACGUGUGAUCCCUGUUGUUCUGUGAGCAGUUGCUGCCAACCUGUGUGCUGUGAGGCUGCUUCCUGCCAAGCGGUCCUCUGUAUGCCCACCCCCUGCCAGUCCAUCGUCUGCAAGCCCAGCUGCUGCCAGCCAGUCGUGUGUGAGCCCAGCUGCUGUCCAGCUGUCUGCACCGUGCCUAGCUCUUGCCAACCAGUGGUCUGUGAGCCUGCUUGCUGUCAGCCAGUGUGCUCCACGCCCAGCUGCUGCCCAUCCGACUGCUCUGUGGGCAAUAGCUGCCAGGCUGCUUGCUGUGAGCCCAGUCCCUGUGAGCCAUCCUGCUCCGGGCCCAGCAUCUGCCAGCCAGCUCCCUGUGUGGCUCUGGUCUGUGAGCCUGUCUGCCUUCGCUCUGCCUGCUGUGUUCCGAGCCCUUGGGAACCACCUUGUGUCUCUAGCACUUGCCAAGAGCCCUCGUGUUGUGUCUCCAGCAUCUGCCAACCCAUCUGCUCGGAGCCCAGUCCCUGCUCACCCAGUGUCUGUGUGCCCCGUCCAUGCCAACCUACUUGCUACAUAGUCCAGCGCCGUCAGUCCAUCUGCUGUGAGCCUAUUUCCUGCCCAUCUACUUCCUGCCAGCCUCCCUGCUGCCGCCCGGGGUCUUCUGCAUCUGCCAUCUGCCAACCGACUUGCCCUCGGACUUUCUACAUACCCAGCUCCUGCAAACCGUCUUGCACGACUUCGGUCCCCUACCGCCCCAUCUACCGCUCAAUCUACUCUGGACCCUUCGCCUACAGGCAGCCGUACGUGACAUCCAUCUCCUACCGCCCUGCCUGCUACCGCCCUGCCUGCUACCGCCCUUGUUACUCCAUCCUGCGCCGCCCGGCCUACAUCACUUCAAUCUCCUACCGCCCGGUGAGCUCCUGCCUGCCUUGUGUUAACUCCUGCAAACGGGAUUGCAAAAAGUCCACUUCCAGCCAACCGGAUUGUGCUGACUCCACUCCCUGCAAGGUGGAAGUCUCAGAGGACAAUCCCUGCCAGCCCACGGAGGCCAAAGUCACCAGCCCAACCACCCGUGAGGCCACAGCCAGCCAGCCUGCUGCCACCAAGCCUGCCAACUGCUGA